CAGAGCGAAGCGGAACGGGACAUUGCUACUAAAAGCGCGCGCACAAUACACGCACGGGUAUCAUUACAUGCACCAUACACUCACUUCCCCUUCCUCAACGUCUAUCAAAACACAUCUUGCGGACCCUCUCUCCGUCACAUCCACGGCUUUAUGGCCGCUACGCUUCUUACGAUGAGCGCUGCGCUCGCACCGGGACAAGAUGACUUUCUCUCGCUUCUCAAACCCUCACUGUCCGACGGCUUUCAGGAGGACCCCUCUCUGUUUUCCUUUGAAACCAAGACUCUCGACACGGAAAGGAGCUUAUCAAACGACUAUUCUCAGGCUAAACUAGAGAUGGAUAAAUAUCUGUCUCCACAACCUGUGGCUCUCCCCGACCCAAAGAAGUCAAGACGAGAGAGCAUCUCUGUAAUGGACCAGUUUUUUGGGGACGAUCACGGGUCCCCCUACAGCAUCAACAUGAAUGUCUUCCUCCCCGACAUUGCUUACCUAAGAACGGGAAUGUGCCGGCCAGCACGGCCUUCAGUCCCCAGCCAUGUCAAAACUGAACCUGUAGCGGCGCCUUUCUCUCAUCCCGAGUGUCCGGUGAGCUCAACUGGCCCCGCUCCAUCCGCGCUGCCCGAUUUCACCAGCAUCUUUAACUCGAAUUCCACUUCGGGUUCUGAAAUCAAUCCCAUGGACGAUAACUCUGGGGUCUUUGUCAAGCAGGAGAUGCAAGGCUUUGACAUCCCACAGGAUGAGCCGCUCUUCCAGCUCCUCAACUCGGAGCUGGACAUCCCCCAUCAAGCCGAUUCACACUCCCACCCUCACGCUCACUCUGUGCCCUCACAGAUGCCUACUUUCCACGACCUGCACUUAGCGACCCAACAGACAGCUGCCAAGCCAUACUGUGGCAUGCCCGCCACCGACUUCCCUCUCGGCCCGGGUCACUUUGUGCAUCCUCAGGGUCAGGCCCACUCGCAGCUCAAAAUGCCCGAUCUUCCCCCCUCGCCUCCCACUUCAGAACCUGGCAGUCCUGACAGACAGAAGGAACUGCUUCUCAAUCUGACACCACCACCAUCUUACGCCGCCACUAUCGCCUCCAAAAUGGCUGUCAAUGCGCCCAGUCACCUAACACCCACCUCGAUACGAGCUCUCGCAAACACUGGGUCCAUGCCUGUUCAUUACAACAGAAGAACAAACCCAGACCUUGAGAAAAGACGGAUACACCACUGUGAUUUUGCAGGUUGUAAGAAAGUUUACACCAAGUCGUCCCACCUGAAAGCUCACUUGAGGACACACACUGGUGAGAAGCCGUAUAGGUGCACGUGGGAGGGCUGCGACUGGCGGUUUGCUCGUUCCGAUGAGCUGACGCGUCACUUCAGGAAGCACACAGGAGCCAAACCCUUCCAGUGCGCCGUGUGCAGCCGCAGCUUCUCUCGCUCCGAUCAUCUCGCCCUGCAUAUGAAGAGGCACCAGAAUUAGACACAAAGACACACAUACU